AUGUCUGAAGUUCAAGCAGAUGCAGAAGUCGUGUCAACAGGCCCUGAGUUGGAGUAUCCUGCGUUGGCUCCGCGACAAGUCACCCUUCGUGAUCGGGUGACGGUGGCGACCCUGGUGCCCUUCGCCUCCGCGGACGAUGUACCCCGGCCGUUACUGAAGUAUCUCUCUGAUCAAUUCAAUAAGGAAAUUGAAAAGGGAGAUACUUAUGCCAUGUCCGAGCCGAUUCCAUUGGCCCAAUUUGGCCGUUAUUGGUUUUCUAGUUUUGGUGUGGUAAUGUUGCUCGGUGAUAUUGAGAGUGCCGAGCAGACGCACUCUAUGGACCGGGCCGGUGCCAAUUGGACUAAGAUUUGCCUCGGUGGCUUUCACAUUCGUCCCAAUUACCCCGGUAGGAGUAGCCAUGUAUGCAACGGUACCUUCAUCGUGACAGAUGCUGCUCGAAACAAGGGUGUUGGUCGACUAAUGGGAGAGUCGUACCUGGAAUGGUCUCCUCGAUUGGGAUACACAUAUGCUGUUUUCAAUUUGGUUUACGAGUCUAACGUUGCAUCUUGUCGCUUGUGGGAUUCGCUGGGCUUCAAGCGGAUCGGCAGAGUCCCUGGUGGAGGUCAACUAAAGUCACAGCCCGGCGAGUAUGUCGACGCAAUUAUCUAUGGCCGCACGCUUAGUCUCGAUGGCGAGGACUCCGUCUCACAGGAUCGGUUUGAGAAGAUUCGCUACUAUCUCAAGCAUUCAAAGUAUCCUCGUGGUGCUGAUCGAGCCGAAAAAAGCCGACUCCGUAGCGCGGCCACUCAUUACAAGCUCACGGGUGGAGAGGAUGGCGAACCUGAAAGACUUAUGCUCAAAGACAAGGAAGUGGUAUCAGAUCCACAGCAGCAGUAUGAGAUUGCACAGGAGGUCCAUCUGAAGCAGCAUGCUGGCAUCAACAAGACCACCGCAGCCAUUGCCAUCAAAUAUCACUGGGUUAGGAUCAAGGAGACCGUCAACAGAGUGAUUCGAGACUGUCCGCAAUGCAAAGAGACACUCAAACUGCCACCAAUCCCUGGCACUAAAGAGGAGGAUUCGUCUCCUUCAGUCGGGGCUUCAGAUGUGCCGGAUCAAAGUAUGGAGGUUGAUCACUCAAAGCAGGCGAUUGAAAUCCCACAGGAGAUGGAUGAAGCACCAGACGAAUCCCCCAGCCACAAUCCUUUCAUGAAUCCUCAGCCCCCUGCGACCCAGCAGCAGCAGCAGCAUGCCAUGGCCGGUGGAUUUGCCCCAGUCCCACAUAUGAACAUUUCCAAUUUCGACGAUUUAAUGCGUUACCAUACGGCCAAUAAUGCCUAUCAAAUGAUGGUUGACGACGGCUCCGACCCAUUUCGACAGGAGGUGCUUGGAUUGAUGAACCCACCUUCCCAUGACUUGCAACAUGAUGCAGAGCUUCUCGCUAAGUUCGAGUAUGGCAGUCCGUCGGAAGGAAAUUACGACUUUACCUAA